AUGUUCAAACGGCUAUUCAAAAUAUCGAUGGCUCAGAAGUCUCCUAUGCGGCCUCUUAUCGUCAUCAUCGGUGCGACAGGCACCGGAAAGUCCCAAUUAGCAAUAGACCUAGCCAAAAAAUUCAAUGGUGAGAUCAUCAAUGCCGAUGCCAUGCAGAUGUACGUCGGACUUCCAAUUAUCACCAACAAAGUCAGUAAAGAUGAGCAAGAAGAAAUUCCACAUCAUUUGCUCGGCCACGUAAAACUUGAAGAAGAAACAUGGAGAGUAGAUGCGUUUCAAAGCGAAGCUAGAAAACUACUAUACCAGAUCCGGAGUAGAGAUAAAAUCCCCAUUGUGGUGGGUGGCACACACUACUACGCUCAAAGUCUUUUGUUCGAAGAUUCAAUCCUCAGUGCGAGAGGAGCACAUGGAACAGCCGAAAAUCCAUCCUCCGAUCUUGAAAUAUCCAAAGAAUUCCCAAUCCUCGACGGACCGAGUGACAUCAUACUGAAGAAAUUAAAGGAGGUUGAUCCGGUCAUGGCUGAACGAUGGCAUCCAAAUGAUAUUAGAAAGAUUCGUAGGUCCUUGGAGAUUUUUUUAACUACUGGAGAGAAAGCUUCGGAUGCUUAUGCUAAGCAAAAAAACGUAACGAAAAUCUUGCUCGAAAAGGAAAGUGAUUCGAACCGUCUUAGUGAGCACCUCGAUGCUACAUCUACAUUAAUAUUCUGGCUUCAUACCGAUUCAAAAAUUCUGGACCAACGACUUGAUGCUCGCGUGAAGAAUAUGAUGAAAGCUGGUCUACUUGAAGAAAUAAGAUGCAUGCAUCAAUACUGGCAGCAACAACAACAAAUCGGGGUACGAAUAGAUAAAACGCGAGGUAUUUGGGCUUCGAUCGGUUGGAAAGAGUUUGAUCCCUACCUUCGCGCUCUCGAUAAAGGCGAGGACAUGGAAAAGAUAUUAGAACUUUGUAUCCAACAGACUCAAGCUGCCACACGAAGAUACGCUAAAAGACAAGUACGCUGGAUCCAGCUCAAACUACGACCCGCAUUAACAAAGUGUAAGUUAUUGAGAGAUAGGCUCUAUCUUCUUGAUAGCAAUGACGCCUCCCGCUUCCAGCAGAAUGUUUCAGAACUUGCAAUUAGUAUUACAUCCAAAAUGCUGGCUAAUGAAGAUCUUCCGUCACCAUUAGACUCCUCAGCUAUUGCUAGGGAUGUGUUGGGCGGUGUCAAGGAAAAACCUGACGUCUGGUUCCGCGAGAAGUGUGAAAUUUGUCAGGUCAAAGCUAUGAAUGAGAUUGAAUGGCAGUUACAUCUUAAAAGCCGCAGACAUCGCACAAUGCUCAAAAGAAAAGCGACAGAAGGCAAAAGUAAUGGAUUAUUAGGCGGAUAA